UCACUCACAAGCUCUCAAGCUACAGACAUGAAGCAGUUGUUUUGGCUGCCUUUCCUGCUCGUCCACCUGGCCAGGACAGGAAGCACACAAAAAUCAGAGAGCUGCUUGUUGCAGCCCAAAGUGAUGUGGAACAAAAUAGGAAAAAAAGCUGUUCUAAGUUGUAUGGUUAAUUCAAACUGUACAGCUGCACACCUGCAGUUCAAAUGGUUUGUGGUCAAAGAAGGUUCCCAUGAGCAUCUUAAAUUGACUGAAAGGCACAGUCUGAAUAUAGAGUCUUUGGAAAUUAAAUCACUUAAUGUCAGCGACACUGGGAUCUACCUCUGCGCUGCAGAAGAAACAAAAGGAGCAGAAUGCUGCCUACCCUUUGUAGGAGAGGGAACAGCUCUUAUAGUGGGAGAAAGAGCUAAAUCAAGGGUGAGGAACCUCCUAUUGUGGUUAUCAUUUACCCUCUUGGCCAUCUAUAGCUUGGCUUUAGUGGCACUUAUCAUUGUAAGGAAGCAUGGCUGUAACCUGACCUUCAGCAAAAAGACAUCUAAAACUCAAACGGAUAGCUUAAGGAACAAAACACAGUUCAGAGAUGUCCUGCAAGAACUCCACAGCAGGCGGAAUUUGAACAAAAGGAAACAAAGAACAAGCGGAAAUGGUACCCAAGUUGAGGCAGUAAGUGUUGACGUCAACAUCCCUACCGAUGACAUCUACCAAAAUGUCUAAGGUUCAUCUUACGCUGUUAAAUGACAGCUUCAGGAGGAUAUUAAAACGCUAUGAAACGUGUGACUGUUACGUGAAUAAGCGAAUGACAAUUGAGUCAGGGCACUGGUUGGUCUUCAAGUUUGCCAAUGAAAUGAGAUAUUUACUGCACAGUAAUGGUGUUGAGUCAGUGUUCACAGCAGCGUCACAUUAGCUGUCUCUCUGCACAGUCCUUUCUAAUCUGACCAACUAGUCCAUGCAAGUUUAUUCCUGAAUUGUAAUUGGAGGAUUUUUCACACAGAAUGGAGGACUGAAUGUGAAAUAGUAUGAAUUCUUUUGAAUGAAGACCCAAAUGUUUAACAUGAAAUGCAUUGUUAUUAGAGAAAUAGCAAGUUUUAUACAUCAACAUUAGUAAAAUAAAAGCAAAGUAGGCACUAAGUUCUUACCACUUAGUGCCUGAGUUGCUGUCAGUCUCAAUCACUUCAACUUUGUCAUAUUACCACUAACAGUUGACAGCCCUAUAUUUUUGGCAGUAUAGUGUAUGAGUGUCAAUCAUUACAUAUGUUGCUUGUGUAUCAGGCUGAAGGGUGUACAGUGUAUAAUGUGCUACUGUGUCUGGACAAGUUACCUUUUGCUGUAGUCUAAGAGUCAUUUUCACCCAUAUUUAAUGAUUAUCGCCUCAGGCUGGAAGUUUAAUACUAUGUGCCAAUCAGCAUGCUGAGGGGUCAUCAGCGU